AUGAAUCCACAGCAGCAACCACAAGCUCCGUACGCACCGUACGCACCACAGUACCAAGGGUAUUCGGAUCAGUCGGGAUAUCCACAACCGGCAGGUGGUUAUCCUCCAGCACCGUAUCCUCCACCGGGGACGCAAAGUCCACAGCCGGGCUAUUGGGGCUCUCCAUAUCCGCCGGCAGGGCAGGGAUACGCACAGCCACAACAAAUGUAUGCACCGAAUCAACCGUACGGGGGCGGUUACCAGCCCGUCAUGAUUCAGCCAGGCAUGCCUGGCCAUCCACCGCCAGUAAUGGGACAACCGGUUCCAGGUGGUUGGAUGCCUAUUCCGCAAGGGAUACCGAACUGUCCACCCGGCUUGGAAUACCUUACUGCCAUUGAUCAGCUGCUCGUGCACCAGAAGGUGGAGUUGCUGGAGGCCUUCACCGGCUUCGAGACGGCCAACAAGUACACGAUCAAGAAUACGCUCGGCCAGAAAGUGUACUGGGCGAUGGAGGACACGGGCUGCUGCAACCGGAUGUGCUGCGGUGCUGCACGUGCCUUCGACAUGAAGGUCCUUGACACGUUCCAGAACGAGGUGCUGCACUUUAAUCGUCCGCUGCGUUGCAGCUCCUGUUGGUACCCGUGCUGUUUGCAGACGAUGGAGGUUACCGCACCGCCCGGGAAUGUGAUCGGGUACGUCGAGCAGGACUGGUCGAUCCUAACGCCCCAGUUCAGCAUUAAGGAUCAGAACGGUGAUACGGUGCUAAAGAUUUCCGGACCAUUCUGCACAUUCAGCAUCUGUGGUGAUGUUGAGUUUGAGGUACUUUCCACCAACGGGACACAGGUGGGCAAGAUUAGCAAACAAUGGUCCGGACUGGGCCGAGAAUUGUUUACCGAUGCAGAUCAUUUCGGUAUUAACUUCCCUAUGGAUCUCGAUGUUAGGGUGAAGGCAACCCUGCUGGGAGCACUGUUUUUAAUUGACUACAUGUUCUUCGAAAAAUCUGGCAACAAGGAACAGGAUCGUCCGGGAAUGUUUUAA